CUCGAAAGCACAACGACAAAAUACGAUCAACACAACUUCAGUACCACCAAUACCUAUCCAAUCGCAAUCAUGGCAGAAGGCAUCGAUAGAAAGGCAGAUGAGCGCAUGGAGUUUACCACCUCCAAGGACGUGACCAUCGCACCGACCUUUCAGGACAUGCAUUUGAAGGAAAACCUUCUCCGUGGUAUCUAUGCAUACGGUUACGAAUCUCCUUCCGCAGUCCAAUCUCGUGCGAUCGUACAAAUCUGCAAGGGUCGCGACACAAUCGCCCAGGCGCAAUCUGGUACUGGUAAAACAGCCACUUUCUCCAUCAGCAUGCUCCAGGUCAUCGAUACGGCAGUGCGCGAAACCCAGGCCCUCGUUCUCUCGCCUACUCGCGAACUGGCGACUCAAAUUCAAUCAGUGGUUAUGGCAUUGGGCGACUACAUGAAUGUACAAUGUCAUGCCUGUAUCGGAGGCACCAAUGUUGGCGAAGACAUUCGCAAGCUCGAUUAUGGCCAGCACAUUGUCUCCGGAACACCAGGUCGUGUUGCAGAUAUGAUUCGUCGUCGGAAUCUUCGUACACGCCACAUCAAGAUGCUGGUUCUUGACGAGGCUGACGAGUUGUUGAACCGCGGUUUCAGGGAGCAGAUCUACGAUGUCUACAGAUACCUCCCUCCUGCCACUCAGGUCGUCGUUGUUUCCGCUACUCUUCCAUACGAUGUCCUCGAAAUGACUACGAAGUUUAUGACCGACCCAGUCCGUAUUCUAGUCAAACGCGAUGAAUUGACGCUGGAAGGUCUUAAACAAUACUUUAUCGCUGUCGAGAAGGAGGAAUGGAAAUUUGAUACUCUUUGCGAUCUCUACGAUACUCUUACUAUCACACAAGCUGUCAUCUUCUGCAACACCCGGAGAAAGGUCGAUUGGCUCACAGACAAGAUGCGUGAGGCCAACUUCACAGUUUCGUCUAUGCAUGGAGAGAUGCCACAGAAGGAGAGAGACAGCAUUAUGCAAGACUUCCGUCAAGGCAAUUCGAGAGUGCUGAUCUCUACUGAUGUCUGGGCCCGUGGAAUCGACGUUCAGCAGGUUUCACUUGUCAUCAACUAUGACUUACCAAGCAAUCGUGAGAAUUAUAUUCACCGUAUUGGUCGAAGUGGUCGAUUUGGACGCAAGGGUGUUGCUAUCAAUUUCGUGACCAGCGAAGAUGUCAGGAUUUUGAGAGAUAUUGAGUGUAAGCAUCCACCAGCGGUCAACGUGAAAAUGCUAAUGAUUACAAGUGUACUACUCAACUCAAAUCGAUGAAAUGCCAAUGAAUGUUGCGGAUCUCUUGGCAUAGGAUAUCAGUGGAGAGGAAAAGAAGCCGAAUGCUAAGAUUGAGGUACUCGGUGCAUUGCGCACGUCAGGAAAAUGGUUACGUGGGAGGAAAGGGCAAUAUGCACAAAAUUGUGGAAUUGAACUAGAGACUGAAUUUUGCUCUGCUAUCUCAUGGUGGAUCAGCAGGGUGCAUCUCCUAUGAGUUUGCAAAUUAGUACCAGGAAAUGAAUUCUUGCCUUCUCUGAG